CUUUCUCUGGCUUGUAGAUUUGUUUUGGGUGGCUAUCGUCCUUUCGAGCGUCCAUCUGCUUGACUAUUUCAUCAUCCUACCCAUCAUUCUGGUCGGCAUGACAGCGAUUCUUGGCUAGCCUAUGGCGGGGAACCGAUACCUCAUCCUGUUUCUCUAUAUUUCUUACCUCUCCCGCAUUACUCCCCUGGUCAUGUCCCGUUACAUAACAUCUCGGGGUCAAGGUGGCUUCCACCUCCCCAAAGUCAUUUCACCCCUACCCGUUUUUCUUCUCCUUUUUACUCCUCCCCAAGAAAUGGAAACUUGAGGGCGUGGGGUCUGUGUUUAUUCGCCCUUCAUCAUGUAUUG